GGCAAGGGGGCGGUGACAGAGCUUGGAAAGGAGGCUGCACGCGGAUUUGCAUGAAACACAGACUGGGAGCGGGCGGGAGCAGGAUCGCGGCGUACGCCCCGGGCCGGCCCAGCUAGCGAGCGAGCCGGGAAGGAGGAGGGCAGCGGGGAGGCGAGGCUGCCGAGGCGGAGGGAUCUGCGCAUCAAAGCGAGCGAGGCGAGCAAAGUUUGGCUGGGGGUUGGACUUUCCUUCCUGGAGGCGGCACCCAAACAGCCACCCCGUGCGGAAACCCAAACUUUCUUCUGCCACUCCGGUCCCCGCGGCCGCUGCCUCCGCCCCGCGUCCCGGGCCUUCCCGAUCCCGCUUCGCUACCGCCUGCCCGCCGCCCCGCCGUCCUUCUCCCCGCCGUGGGAGACGCCCGGGGCGCAGGGCCGCGCGCCGAGCCCCGCCGGCUGCAGCGCCGCGGCCGGGCCCGGAGAACCAGCAAGUUCGCCGAGAGUUGAAGCGAAGUUUGGGCGGCCGCGGCCGGCCCGGGCUGAGCUCCCCGCUGCGCCCCCGGCGUCCCGCCGCGCCCAGCCCCGCCGGGGGCGCUCCUCGCAGCUCGCACGCCCUCCCCAACCAUGUCGUCCAUCCUGCCUUUCACUCCCCCGAUCGUGAAGCGCCUGCUGGGCUGGAAAAAGGGCGAGCAGAACGGGCAGGAGGAGAAGUGGUGCGAGAAGGCAGUCAAGAGUUUGGUCAAGAAGCUUAAGAAGACGGGGCAGCUGGACGAGCUGGAGAAAGCCAUCACCACGCAGAACGUCAACACCAAGUGCAUCACCAUCCCCAGGUCCCUGGAUGGCCGGCUGCAGGUGUCCCACCGGAAGGGGCUCCCCCACGUCAUCUACUGCCGCCUGUGGCGAUGGCCCGACCUGCACAGCCACCACGAGCUGCGGGCCAUGGAGCUGUGUGAGUUCGCCUUCAACAUGAAGAAGGACGAGGUCUGCGUGAAUCCCUACCACUACCAGAGGGUAGAGACCCCAGUUCUACCUCCUGUGUUGGUGCCCCGCCACACAGAGAUCCCGGCCGAGUUCCCCCCGCUGGACGACUACAGCCAUUCCAUCCCCGAAAACACUAACUUCCCUGCCGGCAUCGAGCCCCAGAGCAAUAUUCCAGAAACCCCGCCCCCAGGCUACCUGAGUGAAGAUGGAGAGACCAGUGACCACCAGAUGAACCACAGCAUGGAUGCAGGUUCUCCAAACCUCUCCCCGAAUCCGAUGUCCCCAGCACACAAUAACUUGGACCUGCAGCCCGUCACCUACUGCGAGCCGGCCUUCUGGUGCUCCAUCUCCUACUAUGAGCUCAACCAGCGCGUCGGGGAGACAUUCCACGCCUCGCAGCCGUCCAUGACGGUGGACGGCUUCACCGACCCCUCCAACUCGGAGCGCUUCUGCCUGGGGCUGCUCUCCAACGUCAACCGGAACGCAGCUGUGGAGCUGACACGGAGGCAUAUCGGGCGGGGCGUGCGGCUGUACUACAUCGGAGGGGAGGUCUUCGCAGAAUGCCUCAGUGACAGCGCCAUCUUCGUGCAGUCUCCCAACUGUAACCAGCGCUAUGGCUGGCACCCGGCCACCGUCUGCAAGAUUCCGCCAGGAUGCAACCUGAAGAUCUUCAACAACCAGGAGUUCGCUGCCCUCUUAGCUCAGUCUGUCAACCAGGGCUUCGAGGCCGUGUACCAGCUGACCCGCAUGUGCACCAUUCGCAUGAGCUUCGUCAAAGGCUGGGGAGCCGAGUACAGGAGACAGACUGUGACCAGCACCCCCUGCUGGAUUGAGCUGCACCUGAAUGGACCUUUGCAGUGGCUUGACAAGGUCCUCACCCAGAUGGGCUCCCCCAGCAUCCGCUGCUCCAGCGUGUCUUAGGGACACUGCAAGUGAAGGGGGAGGGGAGGGAGGGUGGAAGUGGGGAAGAGGGCCAUGUAGGAGGUGGAGAAAUCAGAGCUCAACUCACUGGUGUCAAAGAAGAAAUUUUUCUCCCUCAACCAAAGUGGCAUCAGCCUGUUUUCCAAAACACGAAAGCAAACCCAGAGGUGGAUUUCUAUGAACAGCUGUGUCUGCUGAACACAUUGGCCCUUCGGCCCCGGUCUGAAGGGUAAGAAAUGGCUUCUGCUCUGGUGGCGUGAGCAAACAGGUAGUGUUUCACCACCUGCCCUUCCCCUGGUCCCCUUCUUUCUUAAAGAGACAGCAAACUGAGAUGUCACUGCCCAACAGGAAUUGGCCGCCUGGUUAGGACUGGAGUGUGGACUUCGCCUUGGGUGCUCUGGGCUGGGAGAAGCCUGCAGGGGUCUGAGCACACCCCGGGCCCGGCCCUCCCCUUCCACCGAAUAUUCCCAAACCCCGGCAGGAGCAGACCCUGUACCUGAGCGCUGAAUUGACUUGGGGCAGGGAAGGGGCUCGUCGGUCUCCACCUGUCUGAGCCUCCUGAUUGUGUUCAGAAUCGAGCACGUAGGGACCGGUGGGAAGAGGUGGUAAGACACCUCUUCUUUAAAAAUGACCUUAAAUGUGCCCUCAUUUCCAGCAGUUGGCAGGAUCUGUUGUCAGCGCAUAUGCGACAUACAGUUUGUAUCAUCAUGUUAAUCUCAAGAGAGAUCCGAAUUACGGGAAGUGUUCCCAGGAGGUAGCUGUCUGUGAGGUGUGCGAGGGUCUCCGGUCACCUGUAAGAGCUUGCUCCGCUUUCUCAUGCAUUUGGCUAUAUUGGUUGGUGUAGUCAGUUGCGUUAAUUAAAUGACCUUCAUUGUAUGUUCUUUUAAACAUUUGAGUUAAAAACAAAACAAAACAAAACACCCUGGUUUGCACACUGACUGGGAAACCAGAGUGGGAUCCAGCAACUUCUCUCCCCAAGUGAAACUUUCUCCAGGUUUUGUUAAGAAGAUACCUGCUAGUACUUUUGGAAGCUGAAAUUGACAGAAGCAAAUUCACCAAGAGGGAAAGAUCUCAGGCCGACAAAGACAAAUAAAAGGGCUAUUAAAAGAAAUUAUUUUUACACCUUUGAAAACUGCAGAAUUGGUGCAAAGAGGUCUGUCAUCUUUCCCCUGAGGUAUGAGAUUAUCUAGCUCAUGGCAGAGGACCGUCAGUGACAACUCUAGCAGUUAGAAUGUAUAAUAAGUAUUGCUCCCAGUGGCAAUUAGUGAGGAAACUACUAUAGAUUAUUUCAACUGGAAAAAAAAAAAAAAGCCCUCUUAUACUGACCUUUUGCAGAAUACAGCAGAUGGAAUUGUCACUUGCAAUUGGUACUUUUAUUCUUUGCUGCUGUUUUUUGUAUGAAAUGACUUAUCCCAUAUUUUUGCAUGGUUUUCUACCAGGAAAAAUGAAGGGAUUUCCUAUGGAAGUCCUGUAUUAUUCCAGGUGAAGGGAAGAAAGUGUGUACUUUUGGCAGGUAUAAACCUCAAAUGUGAUGACAUUUAUGAUGCUGUGUGGAGACGCUGGUGCUUCCUGGUGCCUUGCUCACAGGACCCUAGGCCUCGGAAGCUCCAGCCCUAAAGUCCAGGUAGGAGGGCUGCUCACCACGCCUCCAGAGGACACAGGAGCAGACAGGAGUGCCUUGCCAGACCUGGACUAGUCUUUGCACAGGGCUGUUGUCAGAGUCCAGAGACACCACGUAGCCCUGCACUCCACCUGCGGCCAGAUGCUGUGGGUCUGAAGUUUCUGCCUGGUGUGAAAUGAUCGUGGACUGCCUCUUACAGAUACAAGAAAUCGUCUGAACCUCCUGGAUGUGUGUUUCUGCUCCCGGUCAGGUCUGAGAUUGGUGGUAUGGCUUCUAACUUCAGUUUGGCCUCGGCUGGAGUGUCGCAAUGCCUCCACUAAAAGCCACGGGCAGCAGUCUCCAGGGGCCUGUGAUCUCCUUCCUGUGAGCUCUUCCUACGGCACACAGCUGUCCUCCAGGUACUUGGGCGCUGGCUUCAGGUACAGCCCAAUUUGGGUGAUCCGGUUGGUCACGUCUGGCUGCAUUUGGAUGGCGUCUUAGAACCCACAAUGCUGAAAGCUAAAGAAUUCUUCUAGGAGGCGUGGAGUUUUAAUUUUGUGUUUUUUCCCAAAAGCUACUUACUUGGCCUUUUUUCUUUAUAACUAGACUGCUACAGGAGGAUGGGUGAGGAAAAAGUGGGGAAGACCACGUUCAGCACCCUUCAGAAGGAAAUUUGGUUGUACCUAGAGGUUAGGAUCUGGUUUCAUUCCCAUCAUAGAGGCCGCGUAAGUGGCUUUGAGGCAUGUGUAAUAUUAGUGUCCUACAAGUCGUAAAAAAUAGUUUUAAAACCCUAUUGCAUAAAGGCAUUUAUACAUUGAAAGACAGGACAGGUGAAGGGGCAGGAGGAGGGCAGUUCUCGGGGGUGAUGGCAGCUGCUGGAGAGUGCUUUUGGUGUCGUUGUCCAGGCUGCAGGACACGCCUUGUUCCCCUGCCCCGGGCUCCCCGCCAGGCCACCUUCACCUUGCGGCUUGUGCCGAUGCUGACCCGGGUGUAGCUAUAGCGCAGGGGCCCUAGAUCCUGGCCUCGGCACCUCCCCUGGGAGCCAACUUCUGUUCCCUUUCCUCUCCUCCCACACCCUCCCCGCUCCUAACUUUAUUUAGUACUGGGAGCCUUCCAGCGCAAGUAGGUAGCCGCCCCGGCAGUUCGGGUUACAGGCCUGUGCUGGCACGUCAUCUCCGCUGGCCACCUUCCUGGCAGGCUGCAGACCUGACAUUUUGAGACAAGCCCAGAGUCAGGAGCGGGGACUUUGACUCUUAGGAGGAACAGACAUGAGGGCAAGGCUGCUGGCAGACUUUUCCAUUGUCCUUAUGUUGUCUGUGCUGUAUUUUUUUUUAAUUGUCCGUGGUGAUUAUUUUUUUAAAUCAUUGUUAACGUAUUGGAAUGAGCUGCAGCACAUAUCUUGUGCUUCAGUUUGUUUUUCUCCAUCUCCCUCUGGCUUCCUGGAGUUUGGACAUAUUCCAGGGCUAAAUGCUUUUACUCAAACCGCAGAAAAAGGUUUUCUUGAAGUAAUGUGUGCAUGUCAUGCAUGCAUGCGAGUCAUUUGGGGAGAAGGCAGAGAUCUGAUUUCAUUUGCAGCCCCAAACUGCCAUUUCUGAGGCUCUGAGGACCUCUGGGGGCCAGAGCUCCCAUUAGGCCACUCUCUGUAGUCUGUAAAAGAAGGGAGGGACAGGAAUUGGCAUGCUGCUCCUAGGACUGUUUAUGAAGGGGGUUACCAGUAGCAAGAGGGCGCAUGUUUGGUUCUGAACCCUGUAUCUCACUGUGUGACUUCAAGUGGCGGAGUUGGGAGUUUUCUCCCUAAUCUACAUCUUUGCUAGAAGAAAACCUCAACAUAGUCAAGUUGUGCCACUUUGGUGUGGUGUAGAUGUUCCCUUCUAGAACCUUCCUUCAAGUAACAGUCUUUGAGGAGUAUCAGCCGCUUCUCAAGUGGGUAGGAAAGCAGAAAAUGUAUGGAUCAAAACUGAAGAGGCAUCUUUGAUGGGAGAGUGGGGAGAUGACUUGCUAUACAAGCAACCUUUCAGAAACACGGCUAUCACAAAGAAAAACUCAUGUAUUGUGUAAACUGGAUUGAGAAAUUCUCUCAAGUGAUCCUGUAAUUUUUUUUUUAUGCUGAAGUAAUGUACACUCGAGCAUUCUGGUGUUUUUAUAUUUAUGUAAUAAUUUCUUAAAACCAAGACAGAUAACUAUUUAAUUUUUGGAAGAAAGUUGGAAACGGCUCUCCUCCUGAGGACAGUGGCUUGGGAAGAGAUGGGGUACAGCUCGCUCCAGACACUGGUGGAGGGCGCAGUGGCUCUGGGCUUGGCCCCCAGAGGCAAACGCGGGCCCGUCCACAGGGGCCUCUGAACCCAGCCCCUCUCCCUUCCUAGGGGCGAGAACUGUACAGAGGGCUGGAGCCACCUCCCCCCAAGAAGCCUUCAUUCACCUUCAGUGCUGCUGUUGCAACUAGGCUGUCCUGGGCGGGACUCCUGCUUGGGUGGGGAAGAGAACGGAGGACGCUGAUUACCUUCCCUUCUCAGCCAGCCUGACCUUUUAAUACCUUUGUAAAAAGCAUGUAUGUAUUUAUAGUGUUUUAGAUUUUUCUAACUUUUGUAUCUUAAGAGCUGAGCACCUGUUUAAGCAUUGUACCCCUAUUGUUAAAUGUGUCCCUCUCUCCUCUCGUCCUCCUGUAAGUGCCCUUCUAAUAAAACUUUUCAUUGAAAAGCA